AUGGCAAAGAUCAUGCGUAACGACCCGUGCCCCGAAUUUGACUCGUCGUCCAGCUGCAGCGCAGCAUCUUCGGACGUGGACUCCCCUGAGUGCAACCAGCCUGAAGACCUUUCAUCAGAAAACAUAGAGGAGGACACAAACAGCGGGACAGACUCGGUCGUACCCACAGCCCGGGCAUUCUCGACCCGGGCCGAAGACAAUCCCUACGGCGCCACCCGGCUGUCCUCCUCUGCAGGUGCAUCCAAGGCUAAGGUCUCCAAGAAGACAAAGAAAGAGCAGAUUUCCAAGGAAGAGGAGGAACGAAGACGGAUCAGGAGAGAAAGAAACAAAAUUGCUGCAGCAAAAUGUCGCAACAGACGGAAAGAACUUAUAGAUACCCUCCAAGCAGAAACAGACCUGCUGGAAGACGAGAAGACGGGGCUGCAGACAGAGAUAGCGGAUCUACUGAAGGAGAAGGAGAGACUUGAACAGAUUUUAGGAUCUCAUCGAUCUCCAUGCAAGCGGCCUGUGGACGAAAACAGUGAGGAAGAACCUGAAGACUGUCUGAGCUCUCCACAGCCACAAUCCUUUGCAGACAAAGCAAAAUGUUCUAAAAAUAACGGGGUCAGUGUCCCUUGUAGCCCCUCAUCUGCCAUUUUAGGGAACUCCAACAUCCUCUUGUGUUCCAGCACAGAUGAAGAUCUUGACGAUUUGAAGGGAGAUGAUUUGGAUGACCUUGUGCCCACUUUAGAGAUGGAGCACCAAAAACACGUCCACAAGCCACAAGCUCCCGCGGGGUUUGGACGCACUACAGAGUUAGUGUUGUCGCAGUAG